AUGUCAAACCAAAUUCACUGGCUGUAUGCCAUUUCAAACAGAUAUACUUUCAAAGAGAGCUUCGAUAUAAGAACUUAUCCAAAGGACUGUAGUGAGAUCCCAAAAGGAAGUCCAAGUGGACCACAAAUCCUCUACCCACAGGGAACAUUUAGCAGUUAUUUUAUCGCAUUCUGUGAUAUGUCUUCAGAUGGCGGUGGAUGGACAGUUAUCCAGAGGAACCGUUAUGGAUCAGCAAAUAUCUGGGAUCAGACAUGGCAAAUGUACAAAUCAGGAUUUGGAAGCGUUGCAGCAGAACACUGGCUGGGUAAUGAAAAUAUCUACCAGCUAACAAGUCAGAAAAUGUAUAAAGUGAGAUUCGUAAUCUAUGAUCCAAGCAACAAUUUGAGAUUAGCAAAUUAUGACUAUUUUGCUGUGGACAGUGAAAGCCUGGGUUAUGCAUUAAGACUGGGAAGAUAUUCUGGUACUGCAGGUGAUGCUCUGAUGACCUACAGUAGUAGUCUUAUGCAGGACAACAUGAAGUUCUCAACCAGAGACAGGGAUCAGGACUUUAGUUCUACUAACUGUGCAUCCACAAAUGGUGGUGGUUGGUGGUACAAUAGCUGUCGUUAUGGUCAGUUAAACUCUUACAACAAUAUCUACUGGUAUGGGUUCUGUCAUGGUAACUGUAAAGGCAGUGAAAUACUCAUAAAACCAGUGAAUGCAUAAAUGUAUUGAAAGGGUAUUUUAUUUUUACUGAUAAUUUCUGUUUAAUGAAGUUGUAACUAUGUAAUAUGAUCAGAUUGUGCAAUCGUCUGAUACUGUUUUAAUAAUUUGCAGCAAUAAAGCAGUUGCAUUAAAGAUGCAGAGUUUUAUACAUUUUUUAUCCCCUCAGACCUCAUAGAACAAGCCCAGCCCCCCAAUUCCAUGUUCAUUUCAGGCCUACCAGCCAUCUGCUAACAGCCUGGGCUAUUCUGGUAGUUGCUAGAGCCAAUUGUGGAUCCUAAGAGCAUUCUGAGGUUUCAGCCGUCUGUGCUUCUGUUUGGAAGUGGGAGGGGGUUUCUUUUUAUAUGCCCUACGCACUGUCCUUUGCCCUGUCCCCAGACUCGUUGACUGUUUCCAAGGGCAACUCCUAUUUAUGGGCCACACCUCCCCUCAUGGAGUGUCAUCAAUGAGCACCCUCCUUUACAGGAUGUGCAUACGCAUCCCUCUCUGUGUCUCUGUCAGUCAUCCAAGCCACUAAUCAAACUCAGAUCAGGUGGGCUGGAGUUAAGGUUUUAUCCCUCUACACCACCAGACUGGCCGUUAAAGAUGCACAGUUAAUCCAGCUUAGUAUCUGCUGCUCUUCCCAGCUUCUGCAGGACAGCACUUAAUA